GGGGCAUACCAGACAUUCUACAAAAGAAGAAUGAACAUAACAACCCCCCAGAAGAUUAUAAAAUAAUCAGCCAUGUCAUCCAACCCAGAUAAAACUAAUCCACCAGCAAGAUCAGACCCAACAAAAGACGACCACCCACCAUCAUCCUCAGAAACCACAACCAAGAAUCCCUCAGAACCUUCAAUACUAAAUCGAGUCAAAAACUCAGCUACCUCCUUGAUUCAAGACGCGCUCACAAAACCAAGCGCAGGAACACUACCAUCAGAUCUUGCGCAUGCACUGAAUAGUGGCAAUAAUAAUAAAGGCUAUGCAUCAGCAUCAGCCUCGGCUUCGUCAUCCACAUAUCUGGAGAAUGCGAGGAGGAGGGACGGCGCCAGCUCAUCGCCCUCAGACGGGAUCUAUGACCAUGAUGCUGAAGCCUUCCGAUCUGGAUCUACUCAUCCCAGUACAUCAUCAGGAGUUGUCCUUGACCCAUUGGAAAUCAACUCAUUCCAAAACACCGGCCGUUUCCACUCACUACCUGACGAGUUCUCAGAAACCAAAGGAAAAGGAAAAGCCAAACAAACCUUCGAAAACCAUGACUAUGCAGAUAUAAAUGAAUUCGAAUACGACUCAACGCAUUUCAACGAAUACGAAAUAGCAUGGAUAAACGCUUCUCGGCAGGGGAGUUACCACUCAUCAUCAACGACAACAAACUCAACGCCGACGAAGAGAUUAUCUUCAUCAGGGUCAACAUCCUCGGUACACAAUUCUUCGGUCAUCAAUGGGGUAGAAAGGAAUGAAAAAGAUGGAGCGGAAGUAGUUUCUCUUCUCUCUGAUCCAAGCUUUCAGCCUGGAUUGAGUACAUGGGACGAUCAGGAUAGUCAGAACAUGGACGGCUACGAUUUCACUUUCGGGGCUGAUGACCCUUUGGACAUGGACGGAUUCCCUAUAGAUCCGGGCUUAUCACCCGCUGAACUAAAAAUUCUCGAAUCUUUUCGCCUACAACACCAAACCCAAAAUCAAGAAGAAAAUAAAACGAAGAGAAUAACGCCCUACAGUUUAAUUCCAGAUAUCGACUCAUUCCUAUCCCAGCACAUGGACACCAAUCACGGAAUCAGCAGCGACGAAAAUUUGAGAGACGAGGUACUCACAAACCUUGUCGGCGCAGAGGAAUGGGUACAUGUCGAUGAGCAGUAUUCCGAUGAUGUUUGGGGGUAUCUCAGACCUGCAUUGGAGGCUGCGGCUGCUGAAAUCAAAGAGAAGGAGGCUGCCGGAAAGGAAGAUGAGGAUGGACCGGCUGUGAAGAGGUUGAAGAUGAUUUUGAGGCAUAUGGCUCGUAUAAUGAUACUUAAGCAAGAGACUGAAAUGAUCCAUUCAUAA